AUGAAUUUAAGUCAAAAAGAACAGACGAUACCAUUGGAGAUAGCAAAAGUAAACCCGAUAGAACAGACAAUACCAAUUGGAGAUAGCAAAAGUAAAUCCGAUAGAACAGACAAUACCAUUGGAGAUAACAAAAGUAAGUCCGAUAGAACAGACAAUACCAUUGGAGAUAGCAAAAGUAAACCCGAUAGAACAGACAAUACCAUUGGAGAUAGCAAAAGUAAAUCCGAUAGAACAGACAAUACCAUUGGAGAUAACAAAAGUAAGUCCGAUAGAACAGACAAUACCAUUGGAGAUAACAAAAGUAAGUCCGAUAGAACAGACAAUACCAUUGGAGAUAGCAAAAGUAAACCCGAUAGAACAGACAAUACCAUUGGAGAUAGCAAAAGUAAAUCCGAUAGAACAGACAAUACCAUUGGAGAUAACAAAAGUAAGUCCGAUAGAACAGACAAUACCAUUGGAGAUAGCAAAAGUAAAUCCGAUAGAACAGACAAUACCAUUGGAGAUAACAAAAGUAAGUCCGAUAGAACAGACAAUACCAUUGGAGAUAGCAAAAGUAAAUCCGAUAGAACAGACAAUACCAUUGGAGAUAGCAAAAGUAAACCCGAUAGAACAGACAAUACCAUUGGAGAUAGCAAAAGUAAACCCGAUAGAACAGACAAUACCAUUGGAGAUAGCAAAAGUAAAUCCGAUAGAACAGACAAUACCAUUGGAGAUAACAAAAGUAAACCCGAUAGAACAGACAAUACCAUUGGAGAUAGCAAAAGUAAAUCCGAUAGAACAGACAAUACCAUUGGAGAUAGCAAAAGUAAACCCGAUAGAACAGACAAUACCAUUGGAGAUAACAAAAGUAAGUCCAAUAGAACAGACAAUACCAUUGGCGAUAAUGAAUUUAAGUCAAAAAGAACAGACAAUACCAUUGGAGAUAGCAAAAGUAAACCCGAUAGAACAGACAAUACCAUUGGCAAUAAUAAUCAAAGAACUGAACAUCGGAUGACCGCAGGUUAUUGUGGAUGGUCCUACAAGCACUUGUCUCAGGGGGGAAAUCACAUCUCUAUUCCUGAAAGUGAAGUUACUGUACAGAUAUAA